AUGGCUACUGGAGGAAUGCAGGCCGCCAUCGAGCCUUUUAGCGGCAAGAACUGGUCAUCCUGGAUCCAGCGCCUGACCUUCUACUUCGUGGCGAAUGACGUCUGCGACGAACAAAAGAAGCGCGCGCUCCUCCUGACGCUAUGCGGAGCCGACACCUUUGAAACUGCCUGCGCUCUGGUCGCACCGAAGACUCCAGGAGAGGUGGGCUAUGCCGACAUAGUUGCCCUUCUGCAGAAGCACUUCGAUCCACGACCGUCUGAGUUGUACAGCCGGUACGUGUUCCAGCGACGCGAUCAGCGGCCGGAAGAGUCGAUCAGCAACUACGUUGCAGCCCUCAGAAGCUUGUCAGCUGACUGUAACUUCGGAGUGCCAGCGACAACGUCUGCUGCAUCGACGCCACCGGCAGAAGGCCACGCAGCCGUUCUGGCGAACCCCACCAUGCUGCCCCAACAUGUGAUGCUUCGCGACAGGUUCGUGUGCGGCAUCCGCGACGAGCAUCUGCAGCAGCGACUGUUCGCGGAGAAAGACUUGACUUUUCAACGCGCGUUGGACUUGGCACUGUCGUCCGAAAGUGCGUCGAAGCAGCAACGAGGACUUAAGGGAGCGACGAGCUCCGCGGAGGCGCACAAGACUUCGCAGUCUAAAAAGGAAAGGAAACAUUCGGCUCAGCAACGGCGCUGCUAUCGAUGCGACGGCUGGCACGAGGCUGACACCUGCAAGUUCAGGACAGCGCAAUGCCGUUUUUGUUCCAAAAAGGGUCACAUCGAGAACGCCUGCAUCUCCAAAAAGAAGAAAAACAAAGAAGGCAACCUCAACGCCCGGCAAGGAACUCACAUGGUUAACGCCCAACCUGUGUGCUACGACCUCGAAGACACCGAUAGGUGCUACGACCUACAUGCCGUGAGUGGGCGACAACCCUAUCCUAAAUUCCUCGUUGACGUGAAAGUCGAGGGAAGGCCCCUGAAAUUCGAAGUGGACACGGGCGCCGCAUGUUCUCUCAUCAGUGAGGCUACCUACCACCAAACGUGGCCAUCGAACGCCCCAAAGCUUUCGAGAGAACCACUAGACUUACGUACCUGGUCAGGGGAAGGACUUGACACCGUCGGUUCGGCACAAGUUCGUGUGCGUUUCAAAUCAAAGGACUACGUGCUGCCCCUGCUGGUAAUGAAAGGGACUGGGUGCAACCUGCUCGGACGUGACUGGUUCUCAGCACUGAACAUCCGUGUGCACGGAAUAAACCAGGUCGCCGAACCAAGUCAAGAGAUCCAGGAGGUUCUCGCACGCCAUCCUGAUGUAUUUAAGGAAGGUAUCGACGGCUACGUGGGUCCAUUGGUUCACUUGGACUUGGAAGAAGGCGCUACAACCAAGAGCACAGUUAACGCGGUGGUCAAGAAGACGGCGUACCCACUGCCGACAACUGCGGAGGUGUUCGCAAAGUUGCGCGGUGGAACGACAUUUUCGACGUUAGACCUGUACCAGGCCUAUCAGCAGCUAAGAGUGGACGACGAGACAGCCGCAUUGCUCACCGUCAACACCACCAAAGGACUGUUCAAGGUGAAUCGCCUCCCUUUUGGAGUAUCCGCUGCACCAGCCAUCUUCCAGCGGAUGAUGGAAACGACACUGGCCGGAAUUCAGGGGCGGAAGCGCCGCCGCCGCAUGAUCUGCCCACAACGCCCGACUCCGAGCAUAGCGAAGCUGAGGCCGGGCUGGACACUUGUGCGACGCAAGCUUGCGAUGACCAACCCAGCGGGUCCGCGCAGCACCAAGCUGCACCUAGGCCCCAACGUGAUCGGCGUCCACCUGACCGAUACGGUGACCCCGUCUAAGGGGUAA